AUAGGGGCACUGGCUGAAUAUAUUUUUUCAUAAAUACGUGACGUUUUCCUUCAUUGUCAAAUUUGCAGUUCGCAAAAUGUCUUGCGGCUGCGAAGAAAAACCUUGGCGUAAUUAUUACAGAUAUUACGAUACGCCCGAUGGAUGUGAUGUUGGAAAGAAGAUUCUAGUAACAAGCAGGUAUGGGACGAUAGCCGGUAUGAUUUUUGCUACAUAUGACGUGCUGAUGUUUUCGCACGCAGUCGGCUUAGUUCCAGUGUUAAAAAGGUAUGCUACCCAUGUGGUGCCGCUGGCGCUGAUGGGCGCGACCUUCACUGUGGUGUCCAACGCCGCGUUACAAGCAAGGGAAAGGGACGACUCUUAUAACUACUUUCUUGGAGGUUUUGCUUGCGGGCCCAUCUUGGCAGCGUACCUUCGGUCAAAGCACGCCAUCUUGCUUGGCGGUCUGGCGCUCGGGAUCAUUGGGAUGAUAAAGAAGGAAUCCGUCAUCCAUAACUACACUCUCUUCCCUAUCAUACAGUCACACUUAGGAAGUAUCACCGCUUGGAGGCAUGACAACACUUUGACCAAGGAUCCUCUUGAAGGUAGAUGUCGCACAUAAAACUUUAAUUGCUA